AAUCUACUUUCACUUUCCUAUACUGUAAUGCAACAUGGAUGACUUACAGAUCAUAACAUCGACGUCGGAGAAAUUCGGCUUUAAACUGAAGGAUGCACAAAUAGAGUGUUUAUGUCAUGUAUUGAAAAAGGAAGACUGUAUGGCUAUUUUGCCAACAGGCUACGGAAAAAGUCUGAUCUACCAGCUGGCACCCCAUGUUUUAAUGUCAAAGUAUGGGUUGGAGAAGUCUGUAUGUCUGAUAUUGACUCCAUUGAACAGCAUUAUGCAAGACCAGAUAUUAUCUCUCCAGAAACUGGGCAUAAGUGCCUGUGCUGUAGAUUAUACCUGUUCAACAGCACAGACAACAGAUAGUGACCAAGACGAUGAUGAUGAUGACGGUGAUGAUGAUGAGAGAGACUGCAAUUUACUAAUAGAUGUCCCCAUAGAGAAUGUGUCAAAGGGAGGAUAUUCACUUAUUUAUGCGCACCCAGAGGCACUUUUAAGCACCAAAGCAGGAGAACAACUUCUCAGGAAGUUUGAGCUGGACAAUACACUUUCUUGUGUGGCUGUAGAUGAGGCGCACAUGAUACUUGAAUGGGGUAAAGAUUUCCGGACAGACUUCACUAUAAUUGGAACCAACCUAUUGGCUAGAUUUCCUGAAAUACCGGUGAUGGUCUUCACAGCAACUGCCUCUGCAGAAGCACAGUCAAAGAUUGCAAAAAGCCUUCAGAUGAAAAGCCCAAAUGUUAUAUCUAGAAAUCCAGACAGGGUGAAUAUCAAGUAUAGUAAAAUUUUUCGACCACCUUCAGCUGAAACACAGGAUCAUCUUGAUGAAAUUUUAGCACCAAUGGUUGAUUCACUCAUAGAUAUGAGACAAAAUUAUCCUCUGACACUGAUCUACACUGACACAAGUACAAUCAGUUAUGCAUAUACAUUCUUUGAGAAGAAAAUGGGAGACAAGCAGUACAUGGGGGAGGCAAUUCCUGAAAACCGGUUAUUUGCCCAGUAUCAUCAAACAUAUACUGAAAAAAUGAAGAAGUUUAUAGUCUCUGAACUAUGUAAAGAACAGUCUGUAAUAAGAGUUGUUUUUGCAACUGUUGCCCUAGGCAUGGGUUUAAACUCUCCCCACGUAAGAAAUGUGAUUCAUUACAAGUCACCUACUUCAAUUGAAAAGUAUUUUCAGGAAACUGGCCGUGCUGGGAGAGAUGGAAAACCAAGUUCUGCCACUUUAUAUUACAACAACACUGAUAUCAGAAAGAAUCGUCCAGGAAUUGAAAACAGCAUAAUACAUUAUUGUAAAAAUAACUCAAAAUGCAUGAGAGAAAUGAUGCUGGAACAUUUUGGACACAUGCCCAGUGAAAUGGUUGAUCGCUCUUCUUGUUGUGACUUUUGUGACACCUUAUAGUUUUUUCCACAACACAAGCAGUAUGCGCAUCUGUAUUUAUUUAGCUGUGUAGUAUAACAAUGUGUAUAUCUACCUCAAGAAGGUCCUGUUGUACAUGGAACAUUUCUUCAACCACUGGCGUGAACUGCUCUAGCCUUUCGGUUCUUGUGUGUGUUCCAGCUCUAAGUUGGCGAGCAGAAUCAAACGUCACCCGUGUCAGCUGGUCACCACCGAGUGGUAUACUAAGACUGUUUUCAAAUUCCUCAGCUACAAAUUAAAUUGAUCUGAAUGAUAAAACAUAUCAUAGUUUUACAUUUUAA